AUGACGUCGGACGAGAGACGGCCCCGGGAGCGGCGAGGGGCGGGGCGCCGGGGAGCCCCGUUCAAUGCCCCCCCAGGACGCCGCCCGGGUCAGCGGGCACUGCAGGAGAUCCGCAAGUACCAGAGCAGCACCCGCCUGCUGCUGCGCGCCGGCCCCUUCGCCCGCCUGGUGCGGGAGCUCUGCCUGCUCUUCACGCGGGGCGUGGAUUACCGCUGGCAGCGCAUGGCCCUGCUGGCACUGCAGGAGGCGACUGAGGCCUUUGUCGUGCGGCUGAUGGAAGACGGGUACCUGUGCUCGCUGCACGCCCGCCGAGUCACCCUGUACCCCAAGGAUCUGCAGCUGGCCCGGCGCUUGCGGGGACUUGAGGCGGGGGGCAUGUGAAUGGGGACCCCCCUGAGCCCCUGCACAGAGACCCCUGUGCCAGGACCCCCACGCUGGGGCUCUCUCCUGACAAUCUCACACCCCUAAUCUCACUGGGACCUCCUACAGGACCAUCAUGCUGAGAACCCUCCAUGGGGUCCCCCAAGGUGGGGCCCUCUCCUGACAUGCCUAAUCUGAUUUGGGAUCCACCUCCCCAAGACCCCUCCGGUGGACCCACUGCACAGACUCCCCCCACUGGAUCCCCACCUCAGGAUCCCCAACAAGCCCUUCAGAGACCCAUCCCAGGGUGGAGGUCCCUUUCCUUACAGGACCCCUACCCGUGAUCCAUCCCCCUGGGACACCCUCACCAGAACGCCAGUCCCAGGGGAACCUACCCAGGACCUCCACUCUACUGGGGAACCGACCCGGUUCUGCUGCACCUCAAAAAUUAAUAAACGUUUGUGACCCCUAGGUGCUGUUGCUGGGGAGGAUGCUGGAGAUUUGGGGUUGAG